AUGGAGGACUUCAACAGUGAGACUGAUAGCGACUACACCAGCUACUGGAGAGAUUGGUUCAUCUCUUCACGGGGCAAUGAGUACUUUUGCGAAAUCGACGAAGACUACCUUACGGACCGCUUCAACUUGACCGGUCUGAACACCGAAGUCGCAUACUACCAGUACGCCCUGGACCUAGUGACAGAUGUGUUCGAUCUCGACGCAGACGACGACCUACGCGAGCAGAUUGAGAAGUCGGCACGCCAUCUGUACGGCCUAGUCCAUGCGAGAUACAUCGUCACCACCCGAGGCCUUGCUAAGAUGGUUGACAAGCUCAAGCGCGGCGAUUUCGGCAAGUGCCCCCGUGUCAUGUGCGAGGGCCACCCGCUCUUGCCGAUGGGCCAGCACGAUACUCCCAACAUGAGCACCGUCCGGCUCUACUGCUCCCGAUGCGAGGACGUCUACCACCCCAAGUCGUCCCGCCACGCCUCGAUCGACGGAGCCUACUUCGGCACCUCCUUCCACAGCAUGCUCUUCCAGGUGUACCCCGCGUUGAUGCCGGAGAAGAGCAUCCGCCGCUACGAGCCCCGCGUAUUCGGAUUCAAGGUGCACGCCAGCGCCGCGUUGGCCCGCUGGCAGGAUCAGUAUCGCGAAGAUAUGAAGACGGCUCUCCGCGACGUCGGAGUCGAGGUCAAAUACAUCGAAGACGACAGCGAAGAAGACCAGGAAGAAGACGACGACGAUGAGCCGAUCUCGGAGACCAAGGGAGAGGAGAAGGUUAUCGGCGACGCUGCUUCGGGCCGUAUGGACCUCGGCAAUUAA